CCUUUAGUUGUUCAGCGUCUGUCGGCCCGAGCGUUACUAAAGUUUAUAGUGCAUUUUUUAUACAACAUAAUAACAGUUUUUAAAGCAAUUUAAAUACUAUGUGGAAACAAAUGUUUGGUGUUUUGCUUAUUGCCUUGUGCCUGAUGCACACUGCCACGGCCAUCAAGUGCUAUCAGUGCAAGUCCCUAACGGAUCCCAACUGCGCCAAGGAGAAGCUCGAUGCUGGCUCCAACAUACGUCAGGUGGACUGCGAUAAUGUGGCCAGGCCCAAUACCAUGGAGCAGCUGCAGCCAGUGACCAAAUGCAACAAGGUGGUCACCAGCGACCGCGCCGGCGUCAUUGUCUCCCGCGACUGCCACUUUGAGUUGAUUGGGCAGAAGGACAACGAGUGCACGGUAACACACAGCCGCCAGGUGGAGAGCUGCUUCACGUGCAAGGGGGAUCUGUGCAAUGCCUCUGGAGCGACCCGUUAUUUGGCCCUGAGCGCAACGGCUCUGCUUGCGGUAUUCGCCUUGCAAAUGGCGCUGUAAGGGAAAACUCAAUAAAUCAGCAAUAGAAAAACAAAUGCGUGUUAAUAUUGCAUACACACAUACCUAUGUACAAAUGAAUGACCGCCUGUAAAUUUUGUUAAUUGGUUUUAAAUAAAAUUCAAAAAGAAAAACACA